GCCACAGACAGAACCGCUAAAGCUGGGCGGAGAAAAAAGCUCGCGAGCACACUUCCACUCUGUUUCUACCACUUCGAACCACUCCGACGAGAUAGAGUUGCAUAUGUUAGUGCAAUAUGAGUAGAAGAUGUGCCAAAACCUCAACGGAAUUAACCAUAAAGCAUCAUUAGGCCUACAGCGUGUUAUGUUAUUUUAGCCUAAUUUGCCGUUUCCAUCUCUAUGCGCUGUUAAAUCCGGUUUAAUAGGGAUUGCUGCAGUUUAUUUGUUUGCAGUUGUGAGAUAAAAGCUCGACUUCUUCUGCCUUUUCUGAUAGGGGUUUCAUUUCUGUUUUUCUGUAGUUGUCAAAGCGGAAUGAAUGACAAAGACAAAGGCGGAUGUUAAUUCGCCAACUCACUUUGUCUCGCCGAAGGAAAGGAGACACAGGCACAAAAUGGAAAGCGGAACGGAGAGCGCCGACAGCGGGCAAGCGAAGCCUCAACAACAGCACCAGUUCGAGCAACAGCACGUAGUGCAGCCCAUUCAAGUCAACGCAAAGAAAAAAAAUAAUCGGGCUCCAUCACCCGCCAGACCCAAGGAUGUGCCUGGAUGGUCCCUCACCAAGAUCCGUGGAGGAAUCGGUACACCAACACUGAGCGUUAAACCAGGAUCCAUACAUUUAGGCAGCCGGGUGUCCAGGCGUAGUCCGGUUAGCGGGAAAGAGACGAAAUCUGAGAAAGGAAAACUGACGGGAAAAUCCACGGUAUCGGUAGCCAGUGCCCAGAAGAGCAGCAGUAAAUCGAUGAAAGGUGGUCGGAGGAAGGUGUCCGAUGCGAGCAACGCCUCCGAUGACCAGAGCAAAGACUCCGGUUGCGCUGCGGGCAAACGUUCGUCAACGGAUAGCAGUUCCGAGCUCUCCGAUUGUGCCUCGGAGGAGAAUAAACUAUCCACGGACGCUCUGAGUAGUGACACCGAAUCCAACAGCCGAGGCGGGGGUCUCGAUGGCGAUAAACCAAGCAGUGACUGCGGACAUGGGCCACCGGAUAGGGGUAGUCGUGGUGACCAUCACGCCAAGACCCCAGUGGAUAAGGACCGAAUCUCCCUGGGAGUGGAGACCGUAGGGGGGAGCAUUUCUCCCGGGGAUGAACGGUCUCUCACCUCGUUCGACAGCCGGGUGCCUGCCAGCACAUCCCUAGCUUUCUCCGACCUGACGGAAGAGUUCAUGGAUGGCAUGCAUGAAGAAUUUGUCAGAGAAAUCGAGGAACUGAGAUCAGAGAACGAUUACCUAAAAGAUGAGAUGGAGGAGCUGCGCUCUGAGAUGUUGGAGAUGAGGGACAUGUACAUGGAGGAGGAUGUGUACCAGCUGCAGGAGCUGAGGCAACAGUUUGAGCAGGCCAACAAGACCUGCCGCAUCCUGCAGUACCGCCUCCGCAAGGCCGAGAGACGCAGCCUCCGCGUGGCCCAGACGGGACAGGUUGACGGGGAGCUCAUCCGGACCCUGGAGCAGGACGUCAAGGUGGCUAAAGACGUGUCCAUCCGGCUGCACAACGAGUUGGACUCUGUGGAGAAGAAGAGGGGUCGUCUGGAGCAGGAGAACGAGGAGCUGAGGGUCAGGCUCCAGGAUCUAGAGGUGGCCAAGCAGGUCCUGCAGGCUGAGAUGGAGAAGCAACGAGAAAACUCUCUGAAGAAGAGAGGCGCUCGGCCAAACAACAAGCCAGAGAAGAAGCCAUCUGUCCAGCAGGAGGACAACUCUGACCUCAAGUGCCAGCUUCAUUUUGCCAAGGAGGAGUCCGUUCUCAUGUGCAAGAAGCUGACCAAGAUGGCCAAGGACAGCGAGGCCAUGCGGGAGGAACUGGCCAAGUACCGCUCGGUCUACGGCGAUGUGGACGCCUCACUCACCGUGGAGGAGGUCAACGACUCACCCCACACCCGAGAGGCCGAGGUUAGAGUUCACCUGAAGCUGGUGGAGGAGGAAGCCAACCUGCUGAGCCGGCGCAUCGUGGAACUAGAGGUGGAGAACCGUGGCCUACGGGCCGAGAUGGACGACAUGAAGGGCCAGGAGCUGCCUCCAGGGCUGGGGCUGGGAGGCAUGGGAGGCUCUGGAGGAGGAGGUCUGGAUAACGUGAUGGAGCUCCAGAGGCACCUGCAGUUUGUGGAGGAGGAAGCGGAGCUGCUGCGGCGCUCGCUGCUGGAGAUGGAGGAGCAGAACAAGCUGCUGAUGAACGAGAUCAACCGCUACAAGUCGGAGCUGCCGCUGACGUUGGACCCAAACCAGGACGACUCCUCGUCCAUCUCUCUCCUGGAGGACGGUCAUGGUGGGGGGGCUCUCAUCAGCACCGAGGCCCCCCAGGAGGAGCUGCUGCAGGCCGCCAGGCUCCAGAUCGGGGAGCUGAGCGGCAAAGUGAAGAAGCUCCAGUACGAGAACCGUGUGUUGCUGUCCAACCUGCAGCGCUGCGACCUGGCCUCCUACCACAGCUCUUCUAGGCCCACCCUGGAGACCGACGCUGAGGCAGGGGACUCGGCCGAGUGCCUCCCCAGCCAAGCGUGCCGGGAAGGCCCCAUCGGAGGGGAGAACAAGCCCCUGGAGGAGAAGGAGAAGAAGACGUCCACGGGGGUUCCCAUUCACCUGCACGGUAACGUCCCCCUGGGGCUGAAUGACCAUGAGGCCCUGCUGGCCAUGAGGGACCAGGCCCGCCUCAUCUCUACAGCCAUCCAGCUGCUGACCGCUUCCGAUUCCAACUGCCCCUCCUUCUCCCUCUACCGCAAGAUCUCCUCCAACUCCUCCGGGGAGACUGCAGAGCCCUGUGUCCCAGAGAAGAGCCAGCAGUCCCAACCCUCGGAGCUGCAGGACCUGCCCCUGGUGGAGGCUUUGACGGGCAGGCUGCGAGCACUGCACACCCAGCUCCAGGCCUUCGUGAAGCGAGUGGAGAGCCUUGGCAGCGCCCCUCCUGGGAGUGAGCAGGUGGAGGUGGCAUCCCCCCUGCCUCUACUGUCCGAAGCUGGAGACUCCGUGGUGGAUACGCCCUCUGCCUCACACCCCUGCCCUCCAGACGACCAGGCGGGUGAGAUCACUGCAGGGCAGAAGCAGCCCAACUUUAGGGACCAAUCAGAGCGCGAAGUGAAAGGUCAGGAGGAGGAGGAGGGUGACAGCCACAUUGACAACAACAAGAACCAGGUUAAACAGGAGACGGACACAGCCCGGCAGAUCAGUGAGCUGCAGGCCCUUCUGUUGGAGGCGAGGGACACUGCUUGCAGGACGCAGGAGGAACGGACUGUGGAGAGGCAGGAGGAACGGACUGUGGAGAGGCAGGAGGAACGGACUGUGGAGAGGCAGGAGGAACGGACUGUGGAGAGGCAGGAGGAACGGACUGUGGAGAGGCAGGAGGAACGGACUGUGGAGAGGCAGGAGGAACGGACUGUGGAGAGGCAGGAGGAACGGACUGUGGAGAGGCAGGAGGAACGGACUGUGGAGAGACGGGAUCACAGAGGCCCCACCCACAGCAGCUCACAGACAUUCACACAGCUGCAGGAGGAGCACCAGAAGGCCCUGACGAGAAGGGACUUCCAGCUGCAGGAGGAGCACCAGAAGGCCCUGACGAGAAGGGACUUCCAGCUGCAGGAGGAGCACCAGAAGGCCCUGACGAGAAGGGACUUCCAGCUGCAGGAGGAGCACCAGAAGGCCCUGACGAGAAGGGACUUCCAGCUACAGAGUCUGAGUCUGCAGACGCGGCUGCAGCAGAAGUUCUGGAGCCAAGAGAGGACCCUGAUGUUGCAGGAGUCCCAGCAGCUCAAGCAGACCCUGCUGCUGCUCAGCCUCAAGCUGCGUUGCUUCCUCAAACAGUGGCGUCUGGGACGCAAGCUGGACACGGAGGCCAAGGAUGUCCUGGAGGUGAACAGCCUGAAGGAGCUGUACCUGCUGUUGGAGGAGGAGAGUCUGGCCGCCCACCCCCAACAGGGAGACAACAAGAUUACCUCCGCAGAGGAGCAGCACCUCUGCCCCACCAUCUCCAAGGAGCUCUGUGUGCUGGAGAAGAGCUACACACAGACGAGCGGCGUGAGCAGCACACUGGCGGACCUGAAGGGAGCGCUCCAGGAUCUGAGCGGAGAGCUGCGAGAGGAGCGCCAGGGCUCUCAGGAACUGACCCAGCAGUUUGCCCGCGCUAAGGCCUCCUGGGAGGUGGAGAGGACAGAGCUCAAGAGCCUCAUUACCCAGCUGGAGAGCAAGGCGGGCUUGGCUGCCCUGGCCGGGGGGGAGAAGGACCUCCAAGGACCUCCCGAUCUGAAGGUGGCACUGAAGAGGGAGCGUGAGGAGCACCAGCACCUCCUGGCCGACUCAUAUGCCGCCGUCAUGGACCUGACCAAGCAGCUGCAGAUGGGCGAGAGGAACUGGAACCGCGAGAAGCUGGAGCUCCUAGAGCAUUUCAGUCAGGAGAGGGGCCAGUGGGAGCAGAGGCUACAGUGCAAGAUGUCUCUGCACUACAAAACCACCCCUGAAACAAAAACUGCACUGGACGUUGUUACAAAUGGAACCAAUUUAUCAAGGACCAAGUCCAUCCCGUCCAUGUUGGAGGGUCUGCUGGAGGCCUGUCCUUUCCUUCCGGGUCAGGAGGUCAAUGGUACAGCCAAUGAGGAGGGAGAGAAGGACCAGCCCAGUAACCAGGCCCCUCCCCUUCUAACCCACACAGACCCGGGUGACCUCACCAGGAAGAACUGGAAGUACCUGACCAAUGAGAUGGCUCUGAUGGAGCAGGGUGAUGCCCCCUUCAAGACGUGGGACUGUCCCAGCUCCCCCAGCAGUUUCCUGGACCUGGAGAGCAUCCAGAGGAGCUACACGGCCCCCGACAAGACCGGCAUCCGCAUCUACUACAGCCCCCCUACCAUGCGCCGUAUGGAGAGCCAGCUAGCCAAGGAGAAGCAGGACAAACCUCAAGCCCAGCAAGGCCACCUGUCUCAGGCUUCAACUCCCUCAGACGCUGUGGCCCUGGAGGGCCAACCUCCCUCCUCUGCCUCCUCCUCUUCGUCCUAUGACCAGUGGUUGAGCUCUCUGUCCAAGCAGCACAGGGACCUUCUGGAGAACAGCAGCGGUGGCGCGGGGGUGGCGCCCUUCCAUGGCCUGGAGAUCUCUGCCAACCUCUCGGACGACAUGAAGGAGAUGACCAACUGCGUGCGCCAGGCCAUCCGCUCCAGCUCUCUGGAGAGGAAUAGCAGCAAGGAUGCGAGCAGCCAGACGGUGGGGGUGUCUAGCCGCUCCACCCAGACGGUCCAGUUUGUGAGCGUGGGGCUGCAGACGGACGGGCUCGGGUCUCGGGGGGUGGGGGGCUUCCACACCAAAUCCUCCUGGUCCUCCCGGCCCUCGUCGUCGCUGGCCUCGGCCCGCUCGCGCCACAUCUCCUCAUCACUGGAUAAGGUGCACAGCCGCAUCGACAGGCCCUGCUGCUCACCCAAGUUCGGCUCCCCCAAGCUACAGCGACGCAUUUCUGCCUCCUCCUCCAAGCUGGACGGAGGAGGAUUGUCCUCGGCUUCAUCCAGAGACCGCAGCCUGUGGAACCUCCACCAGCGGUCCUCGACCUCCAGCGGCUCGGCCUGGGCCCGUUCCACCACCACCAGGGACAGCCCCGUGCUCAGCGGCCUCAACGAUGGCCUGUCCAGCCUGUUCAGCGUGGUGGAACACUCCGGCAGCGUAGAGUCCCUGUGGAAGAGUGAGCCAGGGGCCAGCCCAGCCCGCCAGGCAGCAGGGAAGCCCUCUGGCCCUGGACCAGACAUCGGAGCCCAGAAAUAUGGCCCCUUCCAGGAGUUUUUCAGGAACGUGUGCGGCCGGCCCGGAACGACCAUGCCCGGGGGGGGGGAGAGGGGGCAGAGGGAGGUGGGGGCCAUGGAUGAACCCAAGCCUGAGUGCCUCUCCGGGGUUUCGCUGGUGGGGAACGACAGCGUCACCAAGAUCGUCAACAAGAGGUUCAUGAGACAGAUGCCCAGGGAGGAGUUGGGGGCCACUGCUAACGAUCUCACUGCCAGGGACCUGACCUUGAGCUCCAGCAUGGAGGAUGCAGCGUGUGAUUGCAACUCCCAGUCUCUUACAUCCUGCUUCGCCCGGCCCUCCCGCUCAGCCACACGCCAUUCACUGGGCCACUGCAUGCACCGCUCUCAGGAGCCUCUCACGGCAACGGAGGAGAGAGUGGAGGCAGGCAAUGAGUGAUGGAUCAGUGAGAACACACACACACACACACACACACACACACACACACACACACACACAUACUGCCUCACCAACACACUGCCACAUAAGCUAUAGUACCGUCACAAAAUGUAGAUACAAACAUCUUGGCUACACCAACACACUGCUACAUACAUACUGUACAUACACACAAUCCCUCACAAACUGCCACACAGAACCACUGUCACAUGCACACACUCACACUCACACUCACACUCACACACACACACUCACACACACUCACACUCACACACGUCUGGAAUUGGAACUCAACCCAAGCAGCACAUUCUAAUGCCAAGGAUAUAGGAAGACCAGAAUCUCCUAGGAUUCCUCUUUGAGCACCAGAACCACUACCAACUACCAGCAGGACAACAACCUCACACACAACACACAUACUGGAACAGUAAUGACACACUACUUCCUAUAUACUGCAGUAUUUAGGGAAUAGGGUGCUAUUUUGCACACAAACAGUUUGUGGAAACGACCACCUAGGAAUUCAGACAGUCUUAUAUGAUGUCAGAACCCACAACACUCUACUUUACCUAUUUUUGGAAUUGCAUAGGAAAAACACACUGGGCUACUAGAUUUCUACAAAGUGGAUCUUCCCAACCGACAGGGAUAUGAGGUGGUUUGUUAGCUGCUCCCAUUCCAAAUACCAAUCCUAUUCCCAGUCCAAUUCCCUAGCCAGCACCAGUCCCUUCCCAACCCAGCAUCUGAAGAGCUCUGUCCAAGCCUCCUCCCUAACACCAAACAGAGGAUUCUACUGGGGUGGACCGCCUCUUGCCAUUAUCAACCAACAACUAUUAAAAAACAUCUCAUCAACGUAUGUUCAUUUUUUUAUGUCAACUGCCUCCCUGUUGUUUUUCUGAAAGACUUUCAUCCAAUGAAGGGGUAGGACAUUUACGUCCUUAUGUUACGUAUGAUAUGAUGAUCCUAUGUUUUCUAAAGGUUGUUUGAAUGUUUGUAAUCUGCCUGUUGUUGGCACACAUUGAUGGGAUGGUGGUUAAGACUCUGAGACCCUAUGAGUUUUGUCUCUUGUGUGUACUAUACUGUAGGAUGUAGAUGUAUAAGAGGAUCCCAGCUGUAAAGAUCCCUGCCAGGAAAAAACACAAACUUGUCCCAUUUUGAGAGACAAUGCAUUCCUUUCUUACAUUACAAUUCCAAUUACACUCUGGCUAAUCUGUUACCGUGUGUGUGUGCGUGCACUGUGUGUUUGUGAGUGUGAGUGACAGAAUGCUCAUUCUAGAAUGCCUUUGCAGCAUUCCCAUAUAGUGAAGGCAGUUGUUGUUGCACAGUGUUUCUGCUUCAUUCUCAGCCAUCGACUGUCUGUGUUCCUGACCUCUUGUCUCCUGCUUUAAAUGUAACAGGACACAAUGUCCUCUACAGAAGGUUAGCUCCUUCCUUUUCUCAUGUCACCACUGAAGUCUUGAGAUAUUGUUCAGUACCAGUCAAAGGUUUGGACACACUACUCUUUCAAGGGUUUUUCUUUAUUUUUACUAUUUUCUACAUUGUAGAGUAAUAGUGAAGACAUCAAAAGUAUUGCAAUAACACAAAUGGAAUCAUGUAGUAACCAAAAAUGUGUUAUACAAAUCAAAAUAUAUUUUAGAUUCUUCAAAGUAGCCACCCUUUGCCUUGACAGCUUUGCACACUCUUUGCAUUCUCUCAACCAGCUUAAUGAGGAAUGCUUUUCCAACAGUCUGGAAAGAGUUCCUACAUAUUCUGAGUGCUUGUUAGCUGCUUUUCCUUCAUUCUGCAGUCCAACUCAUCCAGAACCAUCUCAAUUGAGUUGAGGUGGGGUGAUUGUGGAGACCAGGUCAUCUGAUGCAGCACUCCAUCACACUCCUUCUUGGCCCUUAAACAGCCUGGAGGUGUGUUGGGUCAUUGUCCUGUUGAAAAACAAAUGAUAGUCCCAAUAAGCGCAAACCAGAUGGGAUGGCGUAUUGCUGCAGAAUGCUGUGGUAGCCAUGCUGGUUAAGUGUGCCUUGAAUUCUAAAUAAAUCACAGACAGUGUCACCAGCAAAGCACCCCCACACCAUCACGCCUCCUCCUCCAUGCUUCACGGUGGGAACCACACAUGUGGAGAUCAUAUUUUCACCUACUCAUCGUCUCACAAAGACAAGGAGGUUGGAACCAAAAAUCUCAAAGUUUGACUCGUCAGACCAAAGUACAAGUUUCCACCAGUCUAAUGUCCAAUGUUCGUGUUUCUUUGCCCAAGCAAAUCUCUUAUUUUUAUUGGUGUCCUUUAAUAGUGGUGUCUUUGCAGCAAUUCGACCAUGAAGGCCUGAUUCACGCAGUCUCCUCUGAACAGUUGAUGUUGAGAUGUGUCUGUUACAUGAACUCUGUGAAACAUUUAUUUGGGUUGCAAUCAGAGGUGCAGUUAACUCUAAUGAACUUAUCCUCUGCAGCAGAGGAAACUCUAGGUCUUCUUUUCCUGUGCCGGUCCUCAUGAGAGCCAGUUUCAUCAUAGCGCUUGAUGGUUUUUGCGACUGCACUUGAAGAAAUGUUCAAAGUUCUUGACAUUUUCCAGAUUGACUGACCUUCAUGUCUUCAUGAUGGACUGUUGUUUCUCUUUGCUUAUUUGAGCUGUUCUUGCCAUAAUAUGGACUUGGUAUUUUACCAAAUAGGUCUAUCAUCUGUAUACCACCCCUACCUUGUCACAACACAACUGAUUGGCUCAAACACAUUAAGAAGGAAAGAAAUUCUACAAAUUAACUUUUAGCAAGGCACGCCUGUUAAUUGAAAUGCAUUCCAGGUGACUACCCCAAUGAAGCUGGUUGACAGAAUGACAAAAGUGAGCAAAGCUGUCAAGGCAAAUGGUGGCUAUUUUGAAGAAUCUCAAUUUUAAAAUAAAAUUUGAUUUGUUUAACACUUUUGUGGUUAUUACAUGAUUCCAUAUGUGUUAUUUCAUAGUUUGAUGUCUUCACUGUUAUUCUUCAAUGUAAAAAAUAAAGAAAAACCCUUGAAUGAGUAGGUGUGUCCAAACCUUUGACUGGUACUGUAUGUGUGAUGUUUCUUAUGAAAAAACAACAUUGUGAAAUUGGAGGGAACAAAGGCCUCAGUUGUGAAGAGAGUUUGUUGUACCUUUAAAUGAAGUUGUCUAGUUAGAUUUGGUGUAUUCCAUCUAUUGCAGUGUCUCUCUAAGGUCUGAUAGAUGUCAAUCAGUCUGUUAAUAUGGUGACUGUUGUGGUGUUGACUUUGAAGUGCCUGUUAGACUAGGUCAGCGUGCAGCAAACCGCACUUCUGAACAACAACCCCAGACCUUUUCAACGGACACCAUUGUUCAUGUAAUCAUUUUAGACACAAGGGGGAUAUAACCUGUACUCUAUAGUAACACGCCAUCACCAACUCUGAAAAGCACAGAGAGAGAGCGAAUGUUUUACUUUCUUUUGAUACCAAGGAACUUUUUUGAGAAGUAAAUUAUUUUUAUUUGUUUUUUUAUAAAUGUUUAUAUAUAUAUGUUUGUUUUUCUCUCAGAUUGCAAUGGUGCUGGACUAAUAGUGCAGAUUCUGUUAUUUUAAAAAGUGCUUUUUACAAUGCUUUUAUGUAAGAGAAAUUACUCAGCUUUGCUAUAUUGGCACAUAGUAUUCUUUUCAAAUGGCUAUUGGUUAGGAGUCAGUCCCUGGCAGGUGCCUUAAUGAUGAGCAUUUCACUGUCGUAAAAACGGAUUUGGCCGCUACCCGAGAGCCUCACUGAUCAUGUAACAGGCACAUACACACACACCACUCUCUCUCGCUCUCUGUCUCUCUCACUCUCUCUCUUUCCCUCCCUAGAAGCUGAGUUAGCAAGGGCAGUCAGCAGGCUCUUUUGUGUGUUUCUUCUUGUUGUAAGAAGGAAAUGAUGACUCAUCUCUUUAAAUAGGGAAUUACAGUAGUAGGUCUCUCAAAGUCUUUAAAUGUACUUGUGGUUCAAACCCACAAUUUCUCACAGGCCCAGCCAUCCAACCACUGACGAGCUUGAUUCCAGUCCACACAGACAGAGUUAACUGGUCUGGUUCCUCCUGCCUUUGAUAAAAGCUGCUGCCAUACCCAUUCCGCUACCUCCCUGGCCUCCUCUGCCCUUUGACCUGGAAGAACUAAAUGCAAGGCUGUCACUUGUGUCUACCUACCUGCCCGAGGCCCACCAUGUUUGUUGUGUUGUCAGUAAGAAGGUCACUAGAGUGCCUUUCUAAAAUAAAAAUGUCUUGGUGAGCAGCAGCAGUUAGCAAAACACAAAGUGUUAUACAGUAUCCAAAACCACUUGGCCGUUCUACGUUCCUAAAACAAGUAACUGAGCACAUGAAUGGAAGUGAAGUCUUAAUUAUGUACAUUUUAAAAGGGAACUGAAAAUAUGAUGAUAUGCUUCUUCUUAAUACACUUCGGGUUUUAUGUUUACAGUAAAGGUCUUUCCUAAUGUUUUUUAAAUAGUUUCGGUCUAAUAUAACCUUUCUACCUGUCUGUCAAGUACAUAUGUUAGGCUCCUCUCCCUCAGGUAACAGUUAGCUGGUCCCACAGCAGGUAGCCAAUGACAGGAGAGAGUCUUGGUUCAGUCUAAAGCAACGGUCCAAUCAGAGAGAGAGAUACUGCUAGGCAUGAGAGGGCAAUGUCACUGUACCAUGUCAUUGUUCAUCUAUCCUUAAGAAAACUGCAUGAUGUCACCUCCUCAUCCACACUGUCCACUGUCACAUCACAAUGCCUAGCAAUAUGUAUAUGAAUUCUUAGCUUACGCUGUUAAUAAUAUUAGCUAAAUUAUUACUGAAAGAUUGCCUGUAUAUUCGCUUUAUAUAUUUCCUUUCUUUCUAAUACAUUGACUCUUGGGCAAAAAGAGAAUGCAAUGACUGAAAAUGAAACAAAAAAAUCAUUGUUUGUAUUGUUACUUGAAAAGGAUACAUCAACAUAUUAUUUGUACUCUUUCUAUCCUUGCAUAGAGAAUAAAGCUGAAUGUCUACUGUAGCUAUGAGCUGACUGUUGAAGUAUGUAGCUCUCUCCCUUUCUACAGACACUGUCUUUGUACAUAGACUCAUUUUAAAAAAGAAAGUUAAAAAAAGAUAAGAAAUGGAACGGGAUUUAGAUUUCUAGGGGGUUUUGGGGUUGUUCUUUUCCAACCAUGUACCCUGUUCAGCUGAGAUCUCAUUUCCUUCUGUUUGUCAUAUAGACCACAAAUAAAUGUUUGUUGAAAAUAAAGAA